AUGCACGAUCGAGUGAGACAAGAUGCAGGUCAGGGGUUGACGUUGACGAGGAAAGAGGAAGGAGGACAGAGGGAGGAGACCAAAUGUCCGAAAAUGGAAGUUGCAGGUGAGACCAGACAAUGGGACAAGAGGAAGGAACAAACAAAGCAGAACAGGAAAGAGCGAGAGACGGGAGGAGAAAGGAGGAAGGAGAGAAGGACAAAUAAAACGAACGUACAAAGGGAAGGAGGGACCUGGUCUCAGUAUAUACCCGGACCGCUUUGUCUCGAGAGCACGCGGACGAUUGGGCCGGUGGUCGCUUGA